GUUUUCUUAUUUUGCACUCAACAUUGACAACACUAGCAAUGCAUGGCCAUUUCACGCGAGCUGUGCACAGCUGCACACCGUAUGAAAAAGUGUGGGAGACCGUGACCGCCCUUCUCUGAAAUCGUGUACAGUUACAUAAUUAAGAAUAAUUUUGACUGCAGAACAUGCUUGACCUCCUGCUUAAAUUUUGCUGCACGUUUGCAUCAGGCAUCCGUUAGACGUAGGAGUCCCCGCCCGCAUGAGUGGCACAGGGAAAAUGCUGAAACGGAAAAGGACACUUUCAACGGAUUCUGCGCGCGCGGGGAAAGCCAUCCUCGCGGAUGGCUUGGCGGGGAAGCAAGCAGCUGUCAUACUGGUCGACCGAUCCGUUCGCGCCAACGAGACCCGUAGGACCUUAGCCCAGCAGUGCGCCGGAAAGGAUGGCACCUUCAUCGUUCUUCCGGACCGAUGCCCAGAGCAAUGCUCGCAGCCCAGGGUCACCCACCUGGUGCUGGGCUCGGCCUUGCUUGCAAGCGAUGAGGCCCGACGCUCCGCCCGCCAGCGCCUGGCGCCCUGCCUGGCCCGCUGGCCCGCUGCGGUGCUGCUAGACGAGGCCUGGCUCACGCAGCUAACGUCCGCCCGCCGGUUGCCGCCCACCGCGGGCUUCGAGGCCUGCCUGGAGCCCUGCCAGCAGGUCCCUGGCUUCACGACCACCGCUGCCGCUGCCCCCACUGCCGCCGCGCUGCUGCCGCUGCCGCGAGUGGGUCGCUACGAGCGGUGGCUGGGGUGGUGGGAGGCGCGGCUUGACGACAUGGACGAGGUGGGGGUGCUGCUGCAGGCCACCUUCAGCGACGCCCGCUGCGCGCGUGUGGGCAACAGCUCGCUGGUGGGCGGGCUGCGGGAGCUGAAGCUGUAUGAGAUGGCGCUGCGGGAGCGGGAGGACGCGGUGGGCACUCGGGCUCUGGCCUACGCCCGCGCCGCCGCCUCCGUGCAGGCCUGCUCCUUCCGCAUCACGGGCGCCAUGAGUGAGGCAUUCCUGGCGCACCACCUGCCCUUCGUCAGCCGCAGCUGCGCGGCGGUGGUACGGCAGCUGGCGCUCAGCCUGGAGGGAGGCGGCGGUGGUGGCGGUGGCAAUGGACACAGCGGGCAGGGGCAGGGCGGGUACGGCGCCAGCGGUGGGGCUGAGGGCAGGGCUAGUGGUACAGAUGGAGGGCCGCUGGGGCCUGGUGGCUUGGAUGGCGGUGAUGAUAGUAGCAACGUCAUUGGCGGGAACGAAGGCGGCGAUACGGCCGCUGGAAUCGUUGCCACGUGUGAGCGGUUGGAGCUGUUCAGGCGGGACCUGCUGGUGCGGGACGGGGAGGGGGCGCUGCGGCCGGGCAGUGCGG